ACUGCAUCUGUCAAUUGAAAUCUCUGCUAUCUUUUGGUUCAUCUUUUGACCCACCUCUGUCCAAGUUCUUCACGUCAAACACGGAUUGCAUACCAACAGCGCAGGCUCUACUCCAAAAGCUUAGCAUUCAGACCCUCGUACCCCUCGUUUCUCCUCCACAGUGACCAAGAAAAAUGUCUACCGAAUCUCAACCCACGGCGCCCUCGCAAUGCGUAGGGCCUGACUACCGGGACUCUGCUCAAAAGCCAACGGCAACAGUUUCCACACCCCUCAGUCAGGCCAAUGUUCACAUUCUGCCUCAAACCCCCCAGCUGAUAGCACUGCUCACCAUGAUACGCGACCGCUCCACCGGCCGUGCAGACUUCAUCUUCUACAGCAACCGAAUCAUCCGUCUCCUCGUCGAAGAAGGUCUCAACCACCUUCCCGUCGAAUCCCAGGAAAUCACUACGCCUGUAGGCCACACCUAUGCGGGUGUAAAGUUUGAAGGCAAGAUCUGUGGCGUGUCCAUCAUGCGAGCGGGGGAGUCCAUGGAACAGGGGCUUAGGGACUGCUGUAGAAGUGUUCGUAUCGGCAAGAUCUUGAUCCAGAGAGAUGAGGAGACUGCCAAGCCAAAGCUUUACUAUGACAAGCUGCCCGAGGACAUCAGCGAUAGGUGGGUAUUAUUACUGGAUCCCAUGCUGGCUACUGGCGGUUCGGCGCUCAUGGCUAUUGAUGUGCUCAAGUCCAGGGGUGUUCCAGAGGACCAUAUUCUGUUCCUCAACCUUAUUGCAAGCCCGGAAGGCGCGCAGAAUCUUGCAGAACAGUUCCCCAAGGUUAGGGUAGUGACUGCCUUUGUCGACCAGGGACUAGACGAAAAGAACUACAUCGUCCCGGGACUAGGUGACUUUGGUGAUCGAUUCUACACCAUGUAAAAGUACGCAAUAGCAAGUCACUUUGAUUGAGAGCAUUUGUUGGGCGUAGGCUGGCUGUAAAUUGCUUUGGCAUAUUUUGGCAUGAGACUAUUGGCAUUUGAAUGCACACUGCAUCAUAGGACUCUGGACUUGGUCGUGCGUAAUUCAUUUUGCAAGUGCACUUCAGGUGGAGCACAGCAGUAUUAUGCAUCGGACUAGAGCAGCCUGAUGCUGAUAGUAACGAAUACACCGUCGUUAUCAGUAAAUCCAUUUUGAUACCCCAAACGCCUUGCAAGCCAUGACUCUCCGUGUCCCCCCAUGUGUUGUACAAGGUCCCAAACGCUCAUGCCUCCAGCCACUAUUCUGUUUUGCGACCCCGGUGUCGAACCACAAUCUAGUCGGCAUACUCGCCCUCGGCGUCUGCCUCAUCGUGCUCGAUAAAGCCGCCAUCACCGUCGUCAUCGUCCUGAUUAUGCGCCGUCGGCAUCCUGCCCAUGCGGUUGCUGCUUCUUGACAUCUCAGCAUUUCCCUUGGCUGCCUCCUUUGCGACAGCAUCACACGCAUCGAUCCAGUCGGCAUACACGUCGACAGGCGCGCUGAGGUAGUUGAUGUUGGUUUGGAAGGUCUGGCCGCAGACUUUGCAUUGGAGGUUGCCGACGCCCGACUUCUUCUCGAUG